UCCGUCCUUCCUGCCCUUGAACCCAGCCCUGUCCCUGCCCUGGACGUGUGGGGUCUCUGGGUGUGGAGGGGUCUGAGGGUGGAGCUGGGAUGCUGGGUUGUCUCCCCAGUUCUGCUCACCAUCCCCUGCCACCCCCUUUUGCCCCCAGGUGUGGGCAAGAGCAGCCUCCUUCUCCGCUUCGCCGACAACACCUUCUCCAGCAGCUUUGUGACCACCAUCGGGGUGGAUUUCCGUGUCCGGACUGUGGUGCUUGGGGGGCUGCGGCUGCGGCUCCAGGUCUGGGACACGGCGGGACAGGAGCGGUUCCGCACCAUCACCUCCACGUACUACCGCAACGCACACGGGGUGAUCGUGGUCUAUGACGUGACCAACCCCGACUCCUUCAUCAGCGUCAAGCGCUGGAUGCAUGAGAUCGCGGAGAACUGCGACAGCGUCUGCAAGGUGCUGGUGGGUAACAAGGUUGAGGACCCCUCACGCCGCCAGGUGCCCGCGGCCGAUGCCCGACGCUUCAGCGCCCAGCUGGGGCUGCGGCACUUCGAAACCAGCGCCAAGGACAACAUCAAUGUGGAGGAGAUGUUUGCAGCAGUGGCUGGGCAAGUGCUGAAGGCCAAGAUGGCUGCCCAGGCCAUUCGGGAGGGCCGGGGCCCUGGGGUCGUCUGUGUUGGGACCUCCAAGAAGAAGCUGGGACACCCCAGGAAGUGCUGCUGAGAUGGAGGCCCCAAGUGCCUGGGUUCUCUGGGGGCUGAGAGCAGGGGGAGCUGGGAAUCUGGGUGCCCUUCUCUUCUCCCUGCCUCAGCUUUUCCCACCCCCAGGGACCCCCUGAGACAUUUGUUCUCGGUUUAAUAAAGAUGAUUUUAGUGUGGAAAAGGUCUGUGGGGUGCCCAGACACCUGGGUUCUCUGGCAGGGGAUUGUGGGUUAGAGCAGGAUGGGGUUGGGAGCCCAGAUGCCUGGGUUUUCUUCCUUGCAAACACUUCCUGCUUAAUUUUCCCCUACCCUGUUCCUCUCCAUGAAGCAAAGCAGUCCCCUCUCCCACCAGUUAAGCCCAAUGACCUCUGUUUUGGGUUAGUGCCUGUUUGGCCCUGGGCUUCCUUCUGCUACAGCCUGGGGCCACUGCUUACACCCCUCUGCCCCCCCUUGAGAUAUCUGGUUGUUUGAGAUCUGCUCCCCUAAGCUAUUACCAAUAAAAAUGUGUAAUUCAGCUCAAA